UCCUCCCUCCAGAGUCCAGACCCAUAUCAUGGAUUUCUCUUCAAAUUUCAUAGCAAUUCUAGGAGUUGUAGCUCUACUCUUACUUUAUAACCAAUGGAGGGCAAAGAAAUAUAGCAGCAAAGGACGCUCUUUGCCCCCACAAGUGCCUGGUGCCCUACCAAUCAUAGGUCACCUUCAUCAACUUGGCGCCCGUAAACCAUUUGCCCGAAUCUUGGGUGAUAUUGCUGAUAAACAUGGCCCCAUCUUCUCCAUCAAUAUGGGGAUUCACCGUACAGUAGUGAUCAGCAAUCAACAUAUAAUGAAAGAGUUCUAUACCACAAACGACAAGUUCUUAGCUUCACGCCCACCGUCAAGAUCGACAACGUACCUAUCCUACAAUGGUGCAGCCUUCGGUUUCACGCCUUACAGUUCCUAUUGGCGCGACAUGCGUAAGCUAACCAUGGUCGAGGUCCUGUCCCCACAGAGGCUCAAGUUGUUCAAGGAUGUUCGAACAUCUGAAGUGAGUCAUUUGGUCAAGGAUUUGUUCAAGCAAUUCAUAGAAAAUAAGAACAAUCCAAUCAAGGUUAACAUCAGCGAAUUGUAUGAACAUUUGGUGCUGAAUAUAAUGACAAGAAUGGUGGCCGGGAAGCGAUACUUCGAAGGUGACAAUAAUGGAGAAGAUGAAAAGGGACGUCCCUUUGGACGAAUCAUGAGGGAUUUCAUGUAUGCUGCUGGUGCUUUUGUUCCUUCAGACAUGUCUCCACUUCUAGGAUGGACAGAUUUUUUUGGGCCUGUCAAAUCUAUGAAGAAGAUUAGUAAGGAAUUCGAUUCCAUUUUCGAAGUUUGGAUUCAAGAACAUGAGUUGAGAAGGCUUAACGGUGAGGUGGAGACCCCCCGGGAUUUCAUAGAUGUCUUGCUCAGUGCAGUUAAGGAAGAUUCCACGUUCAAUCGUGAAACCGUUAUCAAAGCAACGAUACUGACACUUAUUGUCGGUGGGUCCGAUACAACAUCCGUCACUAUGACAUGGAUGUUGGCCAAUUUGUUGAACAACAGGAGAGAAUUGGAGCUUGCCCAAAAGGAAAUAGAUGAGAAAAUUGGGAGGGACAGACCUGUGGAAGAAUCCGACGCUGAAAACUUAGUCUACCUCAAAGCAAUUAUGAAAGAAACACUGAGAUUAUACCCAGCUGGGCCCCUGGCAGUUCCUCGCGAGGCUAUGGAAGAUUGCACCCUUUCCGGAUACCAUAUUCCGAAGGGCACUCGUCUUUUGACAAACUUGUGGAAAUUGCACCGCGACGAGAGUGUAUGGCCGAAUCCUGACGAGUUCAAGCCCGAUAGAUUUUUAACAACCCAUGCAGAUGUUGAUAUUUGGGGUCAGAAUUUCGAGCUCGUCCCAUUUGGUUCAGGGAGGAGGUCCUGUCCAGGUCUCAACUUUGCUAUGCAAGUGAUACUACUUGGAACAGCGAGGUUGCUUCAGGGAUUUAACUUCACAACGCCAAACAAUGAACCUGUGGACAUGACUGAGAGCUUAAACUUAACCUUAGACAAGGAAACUCCUUUGGAAGUUAUGGUCACCCCACGUCUCGCUCCUGAGUUUUACCAAUAUUAAAAUAGAAAAUAGUUAUGAUAGAUAAUACCGUUUGGUAAUUAUUUAAAUAAAAAGAGGCGAGAAUCUAACAAUUGCUUCCUUGUCUAAAUAAGCUAGCUGCAACUCUGCAGUUCAGUAAGAUUGAUUUCAGGCAUUUGGUAUUCUGUACGAGAUGGACCAUCAUCACUUUCUUUAUUUUAUCUUUUUCCAAUUAUUGUAAUAUAUUACCAUAUUAAUUUGCAGUUUAAUGAUUUGGAAUUCAAA